CAGGGAGUGAGUGGUACAGAGAAGAGAGACAGUGUCUACUGUGUUUGAGACAGAGGGAAAUAAAGACAGAGAGGGAGAGGGAGAGAGGGAGAGGGAGAGAGAACGCAAGCGCAGUGACUGAAGACAGGGCACGCCUGGCCUGAAGCAGGGCUGCUGCUCUCUCAUUACUGAGUCAAACACACAUACUCACACACACACACACACACACACACACAUACAGACAUACACACACAUACAGUAUCGGCAGAGGAAGGAAGCCAGAGAGCCGGGAUAAAAUCCCAGGGAGACAGUAGUGAGCGCCUGCCGACCUGCAGCCAUGGCCGACGUGGACUCCCUGACUGAGGCACUGAAUGCCAUCAGUGUGAGCACAGAGUUGGUAGAGCAGGAGCUUAAGCCUCAUCUGGACACCCUGCUGGCUAUACUACUAGAGAAGAAGAAGGGUGCCGCAGUGGAGAUUGCCUCCAGUGGUAUUGUUCCCAUCCUGGCCCAGUCCCUCGGGAAGAAGAGUCUCCUCACCAAACAGGUGGCACUGGUGGUGGCAGAAAUGGCCAGGGAAGCGGCCGUGAGGGACACGUGCAUUGAGGCAGGGCUAGUGAAGGUUCUGGUGCCCCUGCUGAACAGUGCAGAUGAGGAACUGCUGCUCCACACUGGAAGAGCCAUCGGACGCAUCUGCUUCGACAACACGGCCCAGCAGGAUCAGCUGGUGCAGAGUGGGGUGAUCCCCAGGCUGGUGGCCAUCAUGAGGGAGUAUCCAGAGAAUGACCCACUGGUCAACGUGUGUCUGCUGGCCCUCUGUAACCUGGCCGACAUGGACACAGCGCGGGAGGCGCUGGUAGAGGUGGGCGUGGCAGAGGUGCUGACAGCCCAGCUGAAACGGGCUCCUGACGCAGAGAGAAGACACAUCAUACUGGAGGUUCUGGGAUCCCUGGGAGAGAGUGACGUGCUAAAGCUGCAGUUUGUGGAGUCGGGGGUGCCUAAGGCUCUGUCUGAGAUGAUUCGAGGUCUACAGGGUGGCUCUGACCCCCAUGAUCUCUGCAGCAUCAAGAUCGGCUCCAACCUCAUCGUGUCUCUCCUGCUGGGAGAUGAGUCCAUGCAGAAGUGUUUCGGCGAGGGCACAGGGGUGGUGUACCAGGACGUGCUCUCCUGGCUGCAGUCCUCCAACACUCAGCUGCAGCUGUCUGGAGCCCUGGCCAUCGCCAAUUUUGCCAGGAACGACAGUAACUGUGUGAAGAUGUUGGAGUUGGGGGUGGUUCCUCAUAUCCUGACCCUGCUAGAGCAACAUGUGGAUGAAGGCGAUGUGUCCGUCCAGCAUGCCGGACUGAGCGCUCUCAGAAACCUGGCCAUCCCAGCCACUAAUAAGGUGAGGAUGCUGAAGGACGGGGUGACAGAGAGAAUCAGGACCUUGCUGCGCUCUGACAUGCCCCCAGUGCAGUUCAAACUGCUGGGCACCCUGCGCAUGAUGGUGGAUGGCCAAGAGGAGGCAGCUACGGUGCUGGGCAAAGAUGAGGUUCUCUUGGCGAGGGUCAUGGAGUGGUGUGAGGCAAGGGACCAUGCAGGGGUCAGGGGAGAGGCAAACCGCCUCCUGGCUGCCCUUAUUAGACACAGUCGUGCUCCGGAAGUCAUCAACGCUGUAACCAAAGCAGAUGGGGUGCGUCACCUCAUCUCUAUGGCAACCAGUGAACACGUCAUCAUGCAGAAUGAAGCCCUGGUUGCCCUGGCGAUUGCAUCUGCCAUUGACAUUGACUCCAUGCAGGAAUCCUUCCAGGAGGCAGAGCUCUUGCCUACACUGCAGAAGAUGCUGGAAGACCCAGUGGGGGCAGUGGAGGUCAAGUUCAGCGCCCUAGGCCUCAUCUGUAGCCUGGCCAACUCCAGCAUGAUGAAGGAAGAAAUGGAAUCUCUAAACCUGAAGGAGACGCUAACCAAGCUCUCUGGUCACUCCAGCACCAAGCUAGCCACACAGGCCGACACAGUGCUGGCCAUGCUCUCUGAAACGAACUAGACUGUCCUGACCGGACCACUGCCCUGGCCAAUGUGAUCAUAGACUCUCCGCACCACGUGCCACCACAAUCACCCCUACUACCGUGACCACACCAUCCUACCCAUCAACCGCACUUCACCAGAGAACAACCCAUCCCUCGCUCUGAAAGGGGAAAAGAGGUGGAGGGUUUGAAAAUACAUAUUGACAGUCUUCCAAAGCUGGGUUUUCAUUCACCUGGCCUAUGGAGAACACAGUUGGACAGAGAUAUACAAGGACUGAUCAACCCAAUCUGACAGAGAGGUAACAAGGUGAUUGCCGAUGUUCGAAGCACAAGCUGAAUGAGCCAACCCAUGUAAAACGCACACGAAUCACAACAUCCCCGGUUCACUCAUCAUGACCAUCUGUAGAAAGAGUGUUUACUGUAUGUGUGAAAUAGCUAUUCUAAUCAGUACACCAAUCAGUUGAAUGUACACUAUGUAGAUUUCCUGUAGGGAUCAGUGUAUAUUGUCAAAGGAAAUGUUUGCGUAUGUAUGCGCCAUAGAGUUAACGAUGGCUACUAUUCAUAGCAUCUAAUGUGUUAACCCUCAAUGGAAAACAUAAAACUAACAUCUGACACUGUUUAUCAAUGUGAUGUUCUAUAUAUGCUCUGUAUUGACCAAUGUAUAUGGAUGUAAAUGUUCCAAGAAUAUGACCAUGCCUGUCUCUUCUCUGUGGAUCUCGUAUAGUGAGAUUCUCUUGGCAAUAUCUACAGUGUACAGGACAAGAAAAGCAUUCAAAGUCAAUAUCUCAAUCAUGAUCUUUUACCAAAGUACAUUCUAAUUGUUAAAACUGUGCGCGAGGAAGUAAGAAAUCUAAUCUGAUUAACAAUUGUGUGAGGCGUUUGGAGUUUAUUCCAAAGUAUUCUUUGAUUGUCAUCCAGUUACCAGGAAGAUAACAGUAACUGUAGACCUAAGAGGUUUUUAUCCCAUGUUGUCAGAGGGAAGAUCUCCAGACAUUUAUCCCCCCCCAAAAAAUUCCCACUGACACAUCUAGCUCAGUCCUAGUUAUCUAAGAGCCCGGGUGGGUGGGCACUGGGCAGGGUAAUAAUUACAGAGCUGUGAGAGUGUCAGGCAGCUUUCCCACUGGGUGCCAGCUCCAACAUUCUGAUGAAAAGAGAUCAAUAUGUUGUGUGAAUGCUGGGGCAGCAAAGGGCUCGUGAUGAAGGGAGCUUUAAUGUUGCACUCAGAGCCCCGCUGAUUCAUCCAACUCCUUUUAAGACCAAUUUGUUAAGGUGUCUAGAGCCCAACGGAGACUGGCUGGCUAUUUCAAAAGCAUUUACAUAGUGAAUAUCAACUAAAAACAGCCCUCCGUCCCUCUGUCUGCCCUUAAUAGUACCUAAUAGGCUACUCAAUGGGAGCUGAGUUGUUGUUAUUGAAUUUAUCUUUGAAAUAUAACUAUUUUGAUGUUUUAAAAAGGGUGGCUUACAGAAACAACUGGAAAUAAAAUAAAAAUAUGAAUGGC